AUGGCAGAAAACAUUUGGCAGAGUCUUCUACAGGGCAUCAAGGCCGAGAGGGGCACAGCAGCCCGUGCACUGGUGCUUCUGGGCGGCUCUCCGGACGACCACGUCAGCAUUUUCGACAGCAUAGCAGCCUCUCCGUCCACUUCCUCUUCACAAAGCUUCCAGACAGGCAUUCUGGGCUAUGGGUACAUUGAUUUUUCCGACGAAGAUACGGGCGAAUGCACAGUUCGCCUGGAGGUUCAUUCAGUGCCGGAUAACGACAUCGCCAUCGAGUUUGCCGACAAGACACUACAAUCGGCAUUAUCCGGCUUUUUACAGGAUAGGGACGAGAGUCUGGAGACCACGUUUGCAGAUGACGUUCUGUUUGUUGUGCUGGGUUCAUGGUCGCGUGACCCACAAACGUGGCCAGCUGACAUUCUGCGGAACCUACAUUUCAUUCAAAGGGUGGCAGACGGAUUGAGCGAGCCCCACAGAGAGGCAUGCAUUUCUAGCAUUCGGGCGAGAGUCAAGGACAUGGAGGAAGGUACUAUGGACACACCGAUACCCGCGUCGCUCAUGUUUCUGGCUAUGCAGUCUAAUGACAUGACGACCCUUGAAAACGAAAAGCAGUAUUCAGACACUACAUUUGAUUUCAUCCACCAAUACAUCCGAACAGUGCUGCUCAAGUACGGAGCCACAUUUGCGACAGUCUCACAACAAAAGGUAGCGUUGGAAGCGCUCGGAAAGUUGUUCCCUCUGUUGCUCAACUUCCCUUUGCAAGAUGGCAAGAUUGAAGCUGAUCCGUCAAACAGAACUGCCACAAUCAUUCCACAGGGCUGGGACUCGUGGGCGAAAAUACGGGUUAUUGAUGAAAAGUUCGAGUGCCAUAAUGUGUCUGAACAAUGGUCCAACCAGUCUAAUAACGACACCAUGGACUUUACUUCCUACACUAGCCGAUUCCCAGUGGUAGCCUCGUCCUCACAAGAGCAAGUCAUAGAAAGCGACCUCCAGGUCCAACCCAUGGACUACCAGAGUGUGCUGCAAGAAAACUACUCCAUUAUGGAGUCGAGGAAAAAGUCUGUGUCAGAGGCACCACCUGAUGAGACACAAGGAGAUCUUACGGAACUGACAGGACCUCUUGAGGCGAACAUUGGAGGCAUCCAGAUCCAAAGUACCGAGGCUGUGGCACGCAAGCUGAAACAGCGAGAACUCAUGCUGAAGCAGGAAGAAGCAAACACCGCGGACAGGUCCUUUGAUAGGAGUCUGGAGCAAGAGGAGGACCCUAACGCACAGCCGUUUGACCCCCACGAGAUGGAAAAGCUCACAAACUUCUUCCACAACAUUCUCGACGACAACAGGGAAGAACAAAAUAGUGACAAUGCAUAA